AUGGGACCCGCCUCAGAGGUAUAUGGUCGCAAACUGCCUUUCUUCCUGGGGUACGUGCUGUUUGUCCUGAGUCAGAUCCCAGUUGCGCUGGGUCAUGAUGCUCCCACUGUCCUGGUUUUCCGCUUCCUCGGCGGCGUCACAUCUUCUGUCUGCCCUGCGAUCACUGGCGGUUGGCUGGCGGAUUUUCUGCUACCGGCGGAACGGGGUGUCGCUGUGGCCAUCUUUGCGGCCACGACGCUGGUGGGACCCAGCAUCGGUGCAAUCACUAGCCAGGUUCAGUUGCAGACGGCUAUGGGAUGGCGGAUGACGGCAUGGACGACCAUGAUCUUGGGGAUCGUCUCUGGUGUUGCUGGCUUUAUCAUUCUGCCCGAGACGUAUCUGCCCGUCGUCGAACAGAGACAUGCCCGGAAAUUGCGACAAGAAACAAAGGACUGGGCGUUGCAUUCCAGAUUGGACGAGAAGCCCGUGAGCAUUCGCGAAUUCCUCACGAAAUACUUGACCUUGCCGAUCUCCAUGCUCGUAUCAGAGCCCAUCCUUCUGUCAAUGACUAUUUACAUAUCCUUUACAUUCGGACUGAUCUAUCUGCUCUUUGUCGCAUAUCCCGUCAGCUUUGUGCAAGAAAGAGGAUACGGUGCGAUUGAUGGCACCUUACCGCUGCUAUCCAUCUGCGCGGGCAUCAUCGUGGGCGCUUUCUAUGCCUCGUGGUCUACGCUUACAACGGUUAAACAAAAGGCCGCCAGUGGAAAUGCUCUGGUCCCCGAAGACCGAUUACACCCUAUGAUUGUCGGUGCUGUGUCCCUUGCCAUUGGCCUCUUAUGGUUCGCGUGGACGUCUUCUCCGGCCAUCAGCCCCUGGCCGCAGAUCCUAGCCGGCAUCCCGAUUGGCGUUGGAGUGCAGGUAAUUCUGCUGCAGUCGCUGGCGUACCUAAUCGAUAUAUACACCACCGGGGCAGCCUCGGCGAUCUCGGGUACCAUGAUUGUGCGUUCGCUCGUCGGAGGAACGUUUCCUCUCUUCGCGCCUCAGAUGUACCGUAAGUUCGGGGUGAGUAUUGCCGUGUUGAUUAUACAAUGA